CGGACCGCCAUUCGUUCUUUCCACUGUUAGAAAACAUCGAGUCAAAAUGGAGGCAGCUGCGGAAUUGAGUGAAAUCCAAUACUUUUACAAGAACAAAUCCGUCCUCGUGACGGGCGUUACCGGCUUCUUGGGGAAGCUGGUGCUGGAGAAGGUGCUCAGGAAGCUGCCGGUGAAGACCGUCUACGUCCUAGUGCGGAGCAAAGACGGCCAAACAGCCGAAGAAAGAUGUUCAGUAAUAUUCGAUUCCUUGGCCUUCGGACCGAUGAAGAGAAUAGACCAGGAGUUCUUCAAGAAGGUGGUGCUCAUCGAAGGCGACCUGGGGAAGCCUGAUUUAGGCUUAUCUCAAGCCGACAGGAAGCUGAUCCAAAACGAAAUCGAGGUUGUUUUCCACUGCGCUGCCGCCACCAAAUUGAACGAGUCGCUUUUAAACGCCACCAAUGUAAAUGUUAGAGGAACGAAGCUUUUGGUGGAAUUGGCCAAGGAAAUGAACGCCCUCAAGGCUUUCGUGUUCGUCACAUCGGUGUAUUCCAAUUUUCCUUUAUACGAGAUCCACGAGAAAUACUACGAUGCGAAAGUAACGGCGGAAAAGUUGUUAAAAUUGACCGAUGGGAUGAGGUCAGAGGCCGAUGCCAGUAAACUAGCAGAAGAAUUACUAACCGACUGGCCCAAUGCAUACACGUUUACAUUAAACGUAGCAGAAGAUUAUCUGAAGAAAGAGGGCGACAAACUACCCCUUUGUAUCAUCCGCCCUUCCCUGCUUCUACCGUCUGUCGAAGAACCGGUGACGGGUUUUACGGAUUCCAUGGCGGGUUUGUCCGCGGACACAGCGCAUUAUGCGCUAGGGGUGACCAGGGUGAAUUACUAUCAAAGCGGAACCAUAGACGCAGUCCCGGUGGAUUACGUGGUGAAUUUGAUCAUCGCUUCCGGCUGGUACGCUGGCUUGCAAAAAAUGCGCUUGAAGAGGGGAGAUUUGCAAUCGACCGGAACCAACAUAUACCACUGCAUCAGUUCGCAAGAAAAACCAAUCACGAAAGACGAAUGGUUCGGGAUUGUACACACUGAAUUAAGAGACGUGCCCUCGUCGAAAAUGAUCCAAUUGCCCAUGCAAAUUAACACGGCCUGCUACUACAACUACAAAUUCCUGACGUUCAUCCUGCACACCUGCAUGGCCUUCCUCUGCGACACGGGUUUGAAACUAGCGGGAAAACAACCAUCGAUUGUGAAAAUGUACGACAAAAUCCACGAGGCUCAGGAGAUGUUCUCGCCUUAUUUGUUCCGGGAAUGGUACCUGUCGAACGACAACACUCAGAAACUGCUGAAGAGGAUGUCGUUCAAGGACAGGGAUUUGUUCAAGUUCGAUAUUAUCGAGCUGAAUUGGCAGUCCUAUUUCGUGAAUUACGUGAAAGGGAUAAGGGUGUAUCUCCUGAAGGAUCCCAUGUCUACUCUAACCGAAGGCAGGGAGCGACAGCGGCGUAAAUUAAAUAUUCAACUGGUAUCUGCUGCCGUUUUGGCUGUAAUUAUUUACGUUAUUAGCAAAUUUCUGUUGUUUAGGGUGUUUCUGAGAUGAUUUGUGUAAUUUAUUUUUCCAUGAGUACUUUAAAUUUGGUGAUAGUUAAGUGUAAAAAUGCGUUUUGAUUAGUAAUUGUAGUUGAAAAAUAGGUUAAUGACAAGAUUGUUUGUUACACUUCCGUUGAUUUAAUUAAAUACGUAAAUAACAAACUUCAAUUGCUUCCGUUUAAUUUUCCAUCUUUUAAUGUUAUAAUUAUUAAUAGAGGCAAUGAAAUACUGA